GGUGGCGCCCCCGGCGCGGCUCCCGGGAGCCCUUUCUCCGCGCCGCCGCCAGGACCUCCCGCUCCUCCGGAGGGAAGAAGCGGUCGGUCCAGGUCAGCGGUGCGUCCACGUCCCUCCGUCUCUCUCCGCCACCUCGCCCCCACCAGCUCCAUUGUGUCGUGCGUUUGUCCGCGCCCCCUGCGCAGACCCGCACCGCGUGCGGACCCACCGGGAGCCGCUCCUUGCCAUGGAGCUGUACGCAAAGAUGGCCUCGGCCCAGGACGCCCGGGCGGGCCAGAAGGACUCCUCCGACCAGAACUUCGACUACAUGUUCAAGCUGCUCAUCAUCGGCAACAGCAGCGUGGGCAAGACCUCCUUCCUGUUCCGCUACGCCGACGACUCCUUCACGUCGGCCUUCGUCAGCACCGUGGGGAUCGACUUCAAGGUGAAGACUGUGUUCAGGAAUGAAAAGAGGAUCAAGCUCCAGAUUUGGGACACGGCCGGCCAGGAGAGGUACCGCACCAUCACCACCGCCUACUACCGAGGGGCCAUGGGCUUCGUGCUGAUGUACGACGUGACCAACGAAGGCUCCUUCACCGCCGUGCAGGACUGGUCAACUCAGAUCAAGACCUACUCUUGGGAUAACGCCCAGGUCAUCCUGGUGGGGAACAAAUGCGACAUGGAGGACGAGCGCGUCGUCUCGACGGAGAGAGGACGGCGCUUGGGAGAGCAGCUCGGGUUCGAGUUCUUCGAGACGAGCGCCAAGGACAACGUCAACGUGAAGCAGACCUUCGAGCGCCUGGUGGACGUCAUCUGCGACAGGAUGUCCGAGAGCCUGGAGGCCGACCCGGCCGCCGCCGCCGCCGCCAGGCCCGGGGGUGCCAGGCUCCAGGAGAGCCCGCCGCCCCCGCAGCCCGGCUGCGGCUGCUAGCGCUGCGCGCGCGGCGGCUGCGCGGGCGGCGGCGCUCGGGGCGGGUGGAGUCGGCCGCCGCGGAGCGGCCCGGGGGCCCUUCGCGGGAAUCGUUGAUGCCCGGCUUGGACGCGGGCGGAGUUCCUGGGAGACCCCCGGUGCAGACGGGUGGCGGACACGUGACCUCGAAUUCCUAGACUCUCCUUCCACAAACCCCUGGUAAACUUGCAUGUGGUUUGUCAUUCGUCUUCUAGGGUCUUUAUGUUUCAGAUUCCUCCACAGAUCAGCUACUGCGGGGGCCUCAGAUGUAGUAAGUCCACGCCUCCGACUUCAGUGCGGAGGGCUCGGCCGCCACUGGCCGCUGGCCGCUGGCCGCAUGACAACAGAGGAACCGCGGCGGCUGGGAGGGGAGCAGGGGAGAUCUCAGGGGAUCUAAUGUGCUUUACUCUGAGUUGAAAAGCAAGCAGACAUAUUACUCAUGUUUUCUGAGUAAUUGCCAGCUUUCUAGCUGGUGUACUGUGUAGGAAAUGGGUCUGUUUCUCAGUGUCAGUAACAAUGGCGGAGGUCCUUGACUAUAAAAAGACUAAAAUGCUGUGUUUAAGGUUCUUUCAAGUCUCCUAAGAGAGUCCAUCUGCCUGCCCCGAACCAGGUGUGAACAGUAAGCUCAGUGGAGAUGCUGAGACAGGAGCACCCUGGAGGGCUGCUCCUUCCACAGAGGAGGCCGGCCUUCCGCUCCUCUGAGGCCUCCAGCCGCUCCAUGCUCUGCGGCAAGAGUUUAGAGCUACUCGGCGCGAGCAGCCGUGGAAUGCCGGCACACGAGGCUCCCCCAUCGCUUUACUAGCUAGCCCCCAUAACGCGCACUAGUCCCCCCAUAGCACGCCCCAGCACCGUGACCUUCGGGAUGUCUCAGGGUGGAGGGGAGCAGGAGCUGGUCCGAGCCCUUCGGCCACAGCUCACAGGCUGGCUUCCAGCCGGCUGCCUUUGGCCUGCACCUGGCCAAGCUUUCACUUGAAUGCAGGCUAUUUGAACAGUGUCUCAAUGGCUCCCAAGUUGUGAAGAAGCCCAUUUCCUCACAUAUCUUUUCCAGUUCCGCUGUCCCUCCUAGCUCUGUCUCAGGUCCCCGUGUGCGAGCUUUGGGACGUGCUCCAGUGACUCAGAGACUCCGGAGCCCAGCCAGUGCCCUGGCGCAGGACUCCACAGACAACCUGAGCAGAGGGAGGAGACGAACCGUGCCAACACCGGAGCCUUUGCUCAGACUCCCCAAAGCCCCCGUGCGAGAGGCGGGGGACUCCUCGUGGCCUCCUGAUGGCGCCGGAGGAAGCUUGCCGGCUGUCGCCACCCAGCGCUGGGGACAGAGGGCCGUGGGAAGGCGGCCGGCAAAUUAGAAGGGCUGUCACAUUAGGUGGACUUACCCCCUUUUUGGUGCUCGCGUUAAGGAUGUUUCUCAGCUUUUCAAAAAUAGACUCUUCCCAUGAAAGUGAGUAUUGGUGUGAGUUUAUUGAACAAGGAUGUGGGCAGGAAACGUGUGUGGAAGGAGAUUGGGGGGGCAAUUGCCUGCAAGUCAGGGAAGUGGUCAUGUGCAGAGUUAGUGAAUCGUCCGAUGAAGCAGGAAAGAGCCUUUUGGAUGUUCUAAGCAUGGCCUGUGCUUUCUCCCACUUUCAGCGUAAGAUAUACACUAAUUGGUAAUAAGUUUUUACUUCAGCAACCUCCAAGGCAGGCCUUACCUUAAUGAAGACAAGAAAACAUUAAUGCUGUAUUCGAUUUUAAUGGGCAACCAGCUUCAAAAGUCACAGAAAUUAGACGUGGAGGAAAGAGAGGGGGAGGGGCACCCAGGCACGUUCGUGGUGCAGUAACAUCUCUAAGCCCUGGGCUGGGCCGCGGCCGUGGUGCUGAUUCGGCUGCGCUGGCACUUGGACUCACCGCAGGGACUCCGGGAAGCCUCUGCCACUCACAGUCCGCGGUCAGGGAGGACGGGCAGUGCUGUGGCGUGGAGAGCACAGCGAGAGAGGUCAGGAAGGUGGAGGAGA